GUUGUGUUAAGUGGUUAAGUGACGAGUCCACGGACAAGCGCCGUCACCUCCCAGCGUCGCUCUCGACGGUUAGGGUUUGCUGCGUCGGAGCUGGAUGGGCGCGCUUCGUUGCUCGACGGCUUUCUGCUCCUCCUCAGUCGCCGAUGUCAGACGCGAAUCCAGGCGUUCCAGGACCGUGGGUGGGCGUUUUAUGGCUUCCUCUUUGCCGGUGGAGCAAGUCAAUCCAUCCCCGAGCCAAUCGUCCACCGGCGAUUCCUUCAUUCGCCUUCACCUCAGGAAGCUCGCACCUUAUCAGCCGAUCCUACCUUUUGAGGUAUUAUCUACACGCUUGGGGAGAAAGCCAGAGGACAUAGUCAAGCUGGAUGCUAAUGAAAAUCCUUACGGUCCACCUCCAGAGGUCUUUGAGGCUUUGGGAGCACUAAAAUUUCCUUAUGUUUACCCUGACCCUGAGAGCCGUCGUUUGCGUGCUGCUCUUGCUGAGGAUUCUGGCCUUGAAUCUGAUUAUAUACUGGUUGGGUGUGGUGCAGAUGAGUUGAUUGACUUGAUAAUGAGAUGUGUGCUCGAUCCUGGUGAUAAGAUUGUUGAUUGUCCUCCAACAUUCACAAUGUAUGAGUUUGAUGCAGCGGUUAACGGAGCAAUGGUUAUCAAGGUUCCAAGGAUGGCAGAUUUUUCUUUGGAUAUCCCCCAAAUUGUUGAAGUUGUAGAAAAGGAAAGGCCAAAAUGCAUUUUCCUCACUUCUCCAAACAACCCAGAUGGAAGCAUAAUCAGUGAUGAAGAGCUCCUCCAGAUUCUUAACUUGCCCAUCUUGGUUGUGUUGGAUGAAGCAUACAUUGAAUUCUCUGGACUUCAAUCAAAGAUGAAGUGGGUAAAAAGGCAUGAGAACUUGAUUGUCCUCCGAACCUUUAGCAAAAGAGCAGGUUUAGCUGGGCUCCGUGUUGGCUAUGGGGCCUUUCCUAUUAGCAUCAUCCAAUACUUAUGGCGUGCAAAGCAACCAUACAAUGUAUCUGUUGCAGCAGAGGUUUCUGCAUGUGCAGCUUUGCAAAAUCCUGAAUAUCUGGAGAAUGUUAAGAAUUCUCUAGUGCAAGAAAGGGAAAGGUUGUUUAGUCUUCUAAAAGGAGUGCCCUACCUGAGUCCAUAUCCAAGUUGUUCCAAUUUCAUUCUUUGCAAGGUUACAUCUGGGAAGGAUCCUAAGAAACUUAAGGAAGACCUAGCAAAAAUGGGCGUGAUGAUCCGGCACUACGACAAAAAAGAGCUAAAAGGAUAUGUUCGAAUUUCGGUCGGGAAGCCAGAGCAUACAAAUGUUCUCAUGAAAUGUCUUAAUCUUCUAAAGUAAUCUUCCUCUUUCAAAGGUUUUUGUUCCAUUCAAGAUUGCAAUGCCAAAAGGUUAACUUAAUUGGUCAUUUUAAGUGUAUACAUCCUGCAAAGAGGAAACGGAUAGGAGCGUUGGUUUUUAGAGAAGUCGAUCUGCUUGACUUCAUGUACUAUUUAGAAGUUUAUUUAUGCAUUUUAAACUUGGAAUUGAUUGACAUUUCAUUCA